AUGACAUUGAUAGUGAGAAGAUUAUACUCAAAGCUGGUGCGAAAAGAACCUGGUGGACUCUUUUCCGGCAAAUCGAUACUAUCCAAGAAACCUGUACAAGAUGUCCACCCAGAGGUGCCAGUUAGAACGAGAUUCGCACCCUCACCAACGGGAAUGCUACAUAUUGGCUCAUUGAGAACUGCAUUGUAUAACUAUUUGCUCGCCAAGAACACCAGAGGCCAAUUUCUGCUUAGAUUGGAGGAUACUGAUCAGAACAGACUAAUACAAGGCGCCGAAGAGAAUAUUUACGAUAGUCUAAAAUGGUGCGGUAUUGAAUACGAUGAGGGGCCGGGUGUCAAUGACGAGAAGUUCGGGCCUUAUAGGCAGAGUGAACGAACGGAGAUUUAUCAACAACAUGUUGAUGGGUUACUGAAGUCCGGGCAUGCUUACCGCUGUUUCUGCUCGAAGGAGAGACUUGAUGGGCUUAGAGAAUCUGCAAAACGAUUAAAGCCUCCAACGACGGUAACUUACGAUAGAAAGUGUGAAAGCCUUUCCCAAGGAGAGAUUGAAGAGAGAUUGGCACAGCAAAUUCCCCACACUAUAAGACUAAAAGCACCGGAAAGAUACCCAGCAUUUCAUGACUUACUUCAUGGAACUGUUGAUAUACAGCCACAGGUUAAUGUCAACGAUCGCAGAUACGAUGAUCCAAUCCUUAUCAAAUCUGACAAUUUACCGACAUACCACUUUGCUAACGUCAUCGACGACCACUUGAUGAAGAUUACACACGUCAUUAGAGGUGAGGAGUGGUUACCGUCAACACAGAAGCAUAUUGCAUUAUAUCGUGCAUUCGGUUGGGAUCCACCUUCAUUCAUUCACAUACCUUUGUUGACCAGCACAAACGACAAAAAAUUGAGUAAAAGAAGAGGCGAUGCAUCAGUGUGGAAUAUGAAAAGCAAUGGAAUUUUGCCAGAAGCACUGGUGAACUUCUGUGUACUAUUCGGUUGGUCACCUCCCAGAGAUUUAGCGGCUGCUAACCACGAGUGCUUUACACUGAAAGAAUUCGAGAGGGUUUUUGACUUGAACUAUUUGACUAAAGGUAAUGCCAAGGUGGACGAUAAGAAAUUAUGGUUUUUCAACAAACAUUAUUUACAGAAGAAGCUAGAAAAUUCUCAAGUAUUUGAAGAGAUCCUACAAGAAGUACAAACCGCAGCAAGGCAUAAAUUCGGCGAAAAGGCAUCGGACGAGAAAGUAGCAGCUGUACUUAAAGCCUGUGGUAAAUCAUUGACCACUGUUAACGAGUUCAAUGACACAUUUUAUUACUUUUUUGAGAAGCCAAAGUAUCAAGAUACCGAAGUAGCCACUAAAUUUCAUGCUACUCAUAAACAUGCCGAUGUCGUUAACAUCCUAACGCAUUUCAAAGGGACAAUAAACCAAUCAAAUAUGGAUGAGAUGAUAAAGGCGCUUGCUUCCCAGGCGGUGCCAAAGAAGUCGAUCUUCGAAUCGCUUAGAUUCGCCUUGGCAGGAGCUAAUCCUGGAACAAAGAUACCAAUCCUGAUACAACUACUCGGCCCUCAAGAGGCUAACCAGAGGAUUGAAGAGGCAAUCAACUACUUACAGAAGUCAUAA